ACUAAAAUCACGGUUGACGUGGACAAUUGCAGCAUAAUGGACGGCCCCGCUCUCUUUGGGCCUUUUUCGCUUGACCAGCGUGUUUCCGUUGUGUACAAAGAUUUCUGCGCAACGAAAUAAAAAAAAAAAGGAAGAAGGAAAGAAAACAUUCUAUUCUAUCUGUUUGAUCUUUACGCUUCCUCCUGUUUUUUCCUCCAAAAUCAAAACAUUUUCAUCUUCUUCAGUUUUUGCUUUUAGUUUUUGCUUUUAUUUUCAAAUUUCCAAUUCAAGCGGCCAUUGAUCUUGGGAUCAGAGGAUGGCUACGAAAGGCACUGAUUCGUCUCAGGUAAAUGUAGGUCCACCUGCUCCAGCUCCAGUCUCUGCCCCGGCUCCUUCUCCAUCUGGAGCUGGACCUCCAGAAGGCCAACCACCUGGUUCGUCACCUGGUUCUCGUCCCGGCAAUGCGAUUUUCAAGAGUGGACCACUGUUUAUACAAUCCAAAGGAAUUGGAUGGACAUCCUGGAAGAAGAGGUGGUUUAUUUUAACACAGACUUCGCUGGUUUUCUUCAGAAGUGAUCCAAGUGCUGUUCCACAAAAGGGGAGUGAAGUGAAUUUGACCCUUGGUGGUAUUGACCUCAACAAUUCAGGCAGUGUGGUUGUCAAAGCAGAAAAAAAACUAUUGACAGUGCUCUUUCCUGAUGGUCGUGAUGGACGAGCCUUCACGCUGAAGGCUGAAAAUUUAGAGGAUUUGUAUGAGUGGAAGACUGCACUGGAGAAUGCUUUGGCACAGGCACCUAGUACUGCUUCUGUGAUGGGGCAAAAUGGCAUCCUCAAGAAUGAUCAGGCUGAGUCACCUAAUGGUUCAUUAGAGCAGUCAAAUGACAAACCUGUGAAAUUUACGGUCAUUGGUCGACCAAUUUUACUUGCUUUGGAAGAUGUUGAUGGAACUCCGUCUUUUUUGGAAAAAGCCCUUAGGUUUAUUGAAGAGCAUGGCGUCAAAGUAGAAGGGAUCCUGAGACAAGCUGCAGAUGUUGAUGAUGUUGAAUGCAGAAUUCGAGCUUUUGAGCAGGGAAAAACAGAAUUUUCUCCCAAGGAAGAUGCACAUAUUGUUGCUGAUUGUGUCAAGUAUUUUAUCCGAGAGUUGCCCUCCUCUCCAGUACCUGCAUCUUGCUGCAAUGCUCUUCUGGAAGCACGUCGAACUGAUCGCAGCGGUAGUAGAGUCAAUGCUAUACGUACUGCAAUAUGUGAAACAUUCCCUGAGCCAAAUCGUCGCUUACUGCAGAGAAUACUUACAAUGAUGCGAACUGUUUCUUCUAACAAAACUGUAAAUCGAAUGAGCACUUCUGCUGUUGCGGCUUGCAUGGCACCCUUACUUCUUCGUCCCCUCCUAGCUGGUGAUUGUGAGAUAGAAAGUGAUUUUGAUGUGGGUGUUGACAGUUCUGUUCAACUUUUGCAAGCAGCUGCUGCAGCCAAUCAUGCUCAAGCCAUUGUCAUAACAUUAUUGGAAGAGUAUGAUAAUAUCUUUGGGGAAGGCUCUUUGUCUCCUGGAUUAUACUCAGAAGAAAGCGGGAGUGAAACUGAGGAGGCUUCUGAUGAUGAUGGGUCUUAUGAAGAUGAUGAAAACCACGAUAUAACAAGCAAUUCUGAUGCAUGUACAGAUGAUGAUCUAGAAAGUGCUUCAAGUGGAUCAUGCACUGAGACUUGUGGUUCUGCAGACAGUGAUCAGGAUAAUAAUAAGGAUUCCAACUUGGGUUCCAAGUCGCCAGAAGGUAGUGAUAAUCUUAAAGUCAGUCCGAAGUUAUCAUCAAGUACACAUCAGAUUUCAAUGCCUCAACAAGGAGAUGUAAAGAGGAGUGAGACUAUUCUAAAUCAGGGUGAAACCAAUUUGGCAAAACAGGCUAACGAAACUGCUGGGCAAAUGGAGGAUGCAUCUAAAGGAACAAGUUCAGACUGUAAUUUAAGUAGUAAUAAUCCAACUGCUUGCAUGCAGAAAUCUACAAGCAUAUCAUAUGGACAUGAGCGUGGUGCCAGGCAUGGCACUGUUUGGGGACGAACUGCUGCAAGGAAGAACCUUUCCAUGGAAUCCAUUGACUUAUCCUUUGAAGAUGAGGCUGAGAUCCAAAGGCUUGAGGUCACUAAAUCUAAGUUGCAAAACAGAAUUGCAGAUGAGGUAAAAGGAAAUGAGAUUCUACAAGUGGGUUUGGAAAGACGGAAGAAGGCCUUGCAUGAGCGUCGUCUAACUCUUGAGAAAGAUGUGGCUAGACUACAGGAUCAGUUGCAAAAUGAGAGAGAGAAGAAAAAAGUUUUAGAAACAGUACUCAACACAUCUAAGGGGUUUACAUCUAUUCCAGCUACAAUUGAUGAAAAGACAAAGCUAGAGAUUGAAGAAAUAGCUCAAGCAGAAUCAGAAGUUGGCAGUUUGCAGCAGAAGCUUGCUGAUCUUGAAAUGCAGCUGAAUCAACAACUCCAAAAAAACCAUGGUUCCACCGGUGAUUCAGGCAAUCAGCUCCAACAAAAGUUACCCAAGUUGGGAGACAAAAAAAGGGAUACUGAAGCUUCUGCUCCUUCACAUGUUUCCGAAAGGUCAACAAGCAAGCAGGAUAUUAGUUUGGAUAGAGCUGCAGAAAGUAACAAUCAUGAGAAGAAGCGGGAACCAACUUCUAAGCCAAAUAAAAGUUCAUCUCAUAACCAGCAGCUGGAUGCAACACAUAAUAUUAACUCCAAGCCUACUGCUCCAAGCAAUUCCAAGAAAUCUGGUUCAAAGGGUGAGGGAAGCAACUCCAGUUCUUUAUCAUUGGCAAGGUUGACAACUAGACUCAACUUUCUAAAGGAACGGCGUAGUCAAAUAGCAUGUGAACUCCAAAAUCUUCGAAAUUCUGGUCAAGCUGUCCGUAAUCAAGAUAAAAGUAAAGGAUCAGAAGCUCAGAAGACAGACAAGUCUCAGGAAUCAGAAGUCAGCAGAGAAGGUGACAAUUCCCAGUCGCACCAAAACGUGGACAAACGGGAAGGCCGGUCACAACAGAAACCGGAAAAGUCUAGGAAAUCAAAUAGCCAAUCAGACCAGAAUGUGGAUGGAGAUAGAACAUCAGAAGGCCAACGUCAGCAUGGGCUGGAAAGAGGAAGAUCUGCAGGUCAUAUGAACUAUGAUGGUGAACAAAGUCAAGGACCUGGAGGAUCUAUCAUGCCUUCUCGUACCUACUCCAGAUGAUACCAUGUCUUCUAAGUAUCUUAGUCAUUGUUUGUGCACAGACAGGAUGAAUUAUGUCCUCAACAAUUCUCAACGUCUAUAAAAGCUGGUAGAAGACGAGGAUGUUUAUAGAAAACAAAACUGUAACAUUUUCCGUGCCAAGUCCGGAGACCCCAUUCUUCCCCAAAAAAGCUUGGUAUGUGCAGAUCACCAACUUACUAUUGUUAGUAAUCAUGUCUAUUUGAUUUUUCCCUGGUUAGAGAACGAGCAGUGUUGUAUAGUAAUUUGCAUCGUUUGUAUGGACAAAUUCAUAUUAUAAAUUAACUGAAGUUGCUUGGCUGAAUGCUGGGAAAAUCUAA